GCCAGCGGUUUCCGUACGCAACUCGAGUUUGGUUCGUUUUUGAUUCGCUUUCGCUCAUUGCGAAGAUGGCUAGCGAAGAUGUAGCCGUAAAGCGGGUAGCCUUAUGUUCAGCUGUAUUUGCUGGCUUUGCCUACGUCGGUUAUUCCAUACUGAAAUCCGCCUUUUGCUUCAAGGGCAAUGGUCGGGAGGACAAAGGAUCUCGAAAAUUGGUGAAGUUGAAAAAGAAAAGAAAACACAAAGAACCAGAACGCGAUAUGAGCCAUCGCUCAAGCCAGACAGACCUCAGCGUCCCACCCGAAGAGUACAUCACGAACUCCCCUGCGGAACUGCACUUCAUUCCGAAGUCUGUGCGUAACAAAGUGCGUGAACUGAACCUCAAGGCCCGCAUGUUUGACGACCAGUACUUUGCACGCAUCUUCAAGCCCCGCAGCUUGCAGAACUCUCCUUGGGGCUCGCCCAAGGCCCUGAGCCCGGUCGCCGACGGCAGCAGCAACAACUGCUACCUGAGCCGCUCGGCCGAAAACGUCCACAUGGGCCCGCCUUCGCCACUGAAGAGGAGGAACUCUGGCCGAUCGGCAAGGUCGUCGCCUCGUGCAUCGCAGCACUGGCAGUGCAAUGACUUGAGCGCCAAUCACAUGACAGAGAAAUCUCUCUACUGUGCAGUUGUGAAGGAAACUGAUGAGCUCCUCCAAGAAGUGCUUCAUGGGCUGUACAACAAGGCGAGGGUUAUGACCCUGUACGAAGCGAAGUGUCUCGCGACGCUGUUGAUGUCAGGAAAUGAAGACGUCCUCGUAAAGACCCUGACAACAAUGUCGAAUUGCGCUGCAUUCACCAUUAACCAGGACUACCUGUGUGAUGUUGGAUGCCUACCGCUGCUGAAGGGCCUCUUGGACCACGACUGCGUUGCAGUGCAAGUGGCAGCUACACAAGCCAUUGCCAAUAUGGCUGUUAAUGAGAGAAACCAGAGGCUCUUGCAGCCGUGCAUUCCUUUGCUGCUGUCAGCUGCUGUGUCGCGGGACGGCGGCUGCUACCUGCAGACAGUGUCGCUGCUCUGCCUGACCAACCUGGCGCUCUGCGAUGACACACAUGAGGCCUUCCGUGGUCGUCUGUAUCACCUGUGCAUCCUGGUAGAGACGGCAGACGACACUGUCCGGCUCCAGACGCUAAAGCUACUCGUCAACUUGUCUUGCAACUCCCGCAUGGUCCCCUACCUGCUGGCAGCCAAGGCACCACAGAACUUGUUUUCACUGCUGGAGGACUCAAAUCGGGAAGUGACACUCCGAGUACUGACCUACCUGGCGAACAUCGUCACCUAUGCAGUCAAGAAGAAGCUCAGUCUAUUGGACUUGCCCUCAGAGUACAGGGCAGCUGCCCCUGAGACCUUGUACGCUGCUCUGUGGGGUGCCCCAUCCAAAGAGCACCUACAACUGAAGACACGAACUCUUGUUCUCCGAGCAGACGAAGACAUCAGCUUUCAGGCUGGCCGCAUAUUUGAUGCUCUGAUGAGGUAACUUAUCCGAGAUGUGUAGUACACUGUGCUGAAGCGGCUUAGUGUGGUAGCUUGUACUCCAUUCCAAGUUGCAGG